AUGUCCGCCGCAAACCCCCAGCAGCAGCAGCAGCAGCAGCAGCAACAGCAGCAGGUGGUGCAGCAGGUGCAGCAGCAGCAACAGGGUGAAUCUACUGCUUGCUGCGCUCCUCCCCCUGCUCCUGCUCCUGCUCCUGCUGCUCCUGCUGCUGCUGCUGCUGCUGCUGCUGCAUGCAAGAGGUCCAGGGAGACAGCAGAGCUGGCUGCUUUCGGGUGUACAGCGGAGGGGUCUGAGCAUACAUCUGCUGCUCCUCUUCUGCUGCGCCCGUCGAAGCACUCUCGCCCCCAGGGUCUCGCAUCGUCAGGUGUGUCUCGUGCUGCUGCUGCUGCUGCUGCAGCAACAGCAGCAGCAGCAGCAGCACCAUUUGCGGGUCUUGCUGCUGCAGCAAACCGUCUGCAUUCAAAAGCAGCAGCAACCACAGCAGCAGCAGCAGCAGCUGCUGCUGCUGCUGCUGCUGUUCCUUUUGCUGCAGCUCAGAAGACAAACUCUGGGGGCCCUGAGGGGGGGAGAGGGCGCGCAGUAUUAGCCCUAAAGACAGCAAACGAGGGUCCUGCUGCUGCCGAUGCCCCUGCUGCAGCACCAGCAGCAGCAGCAGCAACAGCAGCAGCAGCAGCAGCAGCAGCAGGCGUGAAGAGGGCCCCCCAUAGCAUGGACGAGAAGCUGCAGAGCACCCAUCUCCCCUCUAAAGUGUUUCAGGGGGCCCCCCCUUCUUCCUUGACUCCCGUCUCUCCCCUGGGGGCCCCCCAGGGGGCCCCCCCAGUGGGGGCCCCCCUGGGGGCCCCCAUCGACUCUGCAGCGGGUGUGUAUGGUGGGGAGAAGCCGAGAGAGAAGGGAGAGAAGCACUGGCGGCUGACGAGUGUGUAUGGUGGGGAGAAGCCGAGAGAGAAGGGAGAGAAGCACUGGCGGCUGAGCGAGCGGUGCCGUCUGGGUGGUGGGGUUGUAAACCCUCUUCUUUUGUAUCAGCUCAUCGCUAUCUGCUGCCUCGGCUUUGCCGAUAGACUCGAAGCCAUCACCUCUACAGACUACGGCGUCAUCAUCAGCAUAUGGAGAGCCAAUACAGUGGGGAUGCUGCGCAGUGUAUGGCCACCAGCUCCUGCUGCAGCAGCAGCAGCAGCAGCAGGGGGGGGAGCAGCAGCAGCAACAGAUGCACUGCAGCAGAAACUACUCAUCAUAGAAAGAAUCAUCAUCGCUUAUACGGUGUUGCUGUUCAGCUUUUUGAUAGAACUUGAGGCCAUCACCUCUACAGACUACGGCGUCAUCAUCAGCAUAUGGAAAGCAAAUACAGUGGGGAUGCUGCGCAGUGUAUGGCCACCAGCUCCUGCUGCUGCAGCAGCAGCAGCAGCAGCAGCAGGGGGGGGAGCAGCAGCAGCAGCAACAGAUGCACUGCAGCAGAAACUACUCAUCAUAGAAAGAAUCAUCAUCGCUUAUAUUUCUCCCGCGGGAAACAUCGCCGUUGCGCCUGUCUCCGAGCUCACCGAGAGUCUCCUUAAUGUUGCAUAUCUUUUUGCUGCUGCAACAUACAAAGCUGCUCUCAAUAAAAAAGCACAAGCAGCAGCAGCAGCAGCAGCAGCAGCAGCAGCAGCUGCUGCUGCUGCUGCUGCUGCUGAUGAUGAUGCUGCGGUUGGAGAUGCUGCUGAUGGGGCUGAUGCCGAAAAUACGCAACAACAAACUGCAGCAGCAGCAAAUACAGCAGCAACAGCAGCAGCAGCAGCAGCAGCAGCAGGGGAAGAAGAGUCCUUCAAAGAAGACGGAGGCACCGGCUGCAGCAGCAGCAGCAACAGCAGCAGCAGCAGCAGCAGCAGCAGCAGCAGGAGAGAUAUCGACAGCUAA